AUGUGGCUUUAUAGCUUCUUGCUGAGUUUUGACCUGAAAAGCUUGCUGCUGUUUGCUGUGCUUUUCCUGCUGAUCACAGAUUACCUGAAAAACAGGAAGCCACACAACUACCCUCCUGGACCUCUGGCUCUUCCCAUUGUGGGGAACCUCCUGAGCAUGGACAGCAAACAUCCACAUGUUUAUUUUACCAAGUUGGCUAAACAGUAUGGGAAUGUCUUCAGUGUCCGUUUUGGUGGCGACAACAUGGUGUUUGUCUGCGGAUACAAGAUGGUGAAAGAAGCCAUCGUGUCGCAAGCAGAGAACUUUGUGGACCGGCCACACAGUGCGAUGGCUGAGAGAGUUUACUCAGGAACCACAGGUGUAAAAGUCUUGACCAGUGGGGAGCAAUGGAAGAGACAGCGGCGCUUUGCCUUGUCUACCCUGCGCUCCUUCGGCCUGGGCAAAAACAGCAUGGAGCAGUGCAUCUGCCAGGAGCUGCGAGUCCUGCAGGAAGAGAUUGAGAAGGAGAAAGGAGGUCUUUUCACACCAGCAGGCCUCUUUAACAACGCUGUGUCCAACAUUAUUUGCCAGUUGGUGAUGAGGAAAAGGUUUGACUACUCUGACCACAAUUUCCAGCUCAUGCUGAAGUAUUUAUCAGAGACUAUUCAGCUUCAGGGAAGCAUCUGGGGUCUGCUCUAUGAUGGAUUACCUGGACUGAUGAAACUCCUGCCAGGUCCUCACAACACAAUUUUCAGUAACUAUGGAGCUCUGCUGAACUUUAUUGGUGAGGAGGUGAAGAGGCACAAGCAGGACCUGGACCACAACAAUCCCAGAGACUACAUUGAUGCUUUCAUCAUUGAGAUGAAGAAUCACAAACAGUCUGACCUGGGUUUUUCUGAAGCCAACCUGACUCUGUGCUCUCUGGAUCUCUUCCUGGCUGGAACAGAAACAACUGCCACUACUUUGCUAUGGGCUUUGGUUUACCUCAUCAGGAACCCUGAUGUCCAGGUGAAAGUCCAGGAGGAGAUUGAUCGGGUGAUCGGGCAGACCAGACAUCCGACCAUGGCGGACAGACCCAACAUGCCCUACACUGACGCGGUCAUCCACGAGAUCCAGAGAAUAGGAAACAUCGUCCCUUUGAAUGGGUUGAGGGAAGCAGCUCAGGACACCACACUGGGCGGUUACUACAUACCAAAGGGUACGUCCCUGAUGCCCAUGUUGACCUCGGUGCUGUUUGAUGAGACUCAAUGGGAGACACCGGACACCUUCAACCCCGGGCACUUCCUGAAUGCUGAGGGCAAGUUUGUCAAACCAGAAGCAUUUCUGCCUUUCUCUGCAGGGAAACGGGUGUGCCUUGGAGAGAGCCUUGCCAAGAUGGAACUGUUCCUGUUUUUGGUGGGAUUACUGCAGAAAUUCUCUUUCUCUGUUCCUGAUGGAGUUGAACUGAGUACAGAAGGGAUUAGUGGAGCCACACGUGUACCUCACCCCUUCCAAGUUAGCGCCAAGAUUCGUUAUAGGUGGCCGCCUAGAUCACCUAUGCCCAGGGUCGGCCUUCCCCUGCUGCUCUUCUCCCUCUACACCAAUGACUGCACCUCUGUGAAACUCCUCAAGUACGUGGACGACACCACUGUAAUCGGUCUGAUCCGGGACGGUGAAGAGUCUGCAUACAGACCGGAGGUUGAACAGCUGGUCCUCUGGUGUAGUCACAUCCACCUGGAGCUGAACCUGCUCAAGACUGUGGAGAUGACCGACCUGAAGUGGACCCCUCACAUGGACUCAGUCAGGAAAAAGGCCCAGCAGAGGUUGUUCUUCCUGCCACAGCUCAGGACGUUUAACCCGCCACAGGAGCUACUGAUCACUUACUGCACCGCCAUCACCGAGUCUAUCCUCCAUCACUGUCUGGUUUGGAUCAGCCACCAAACAGGACAGGCACAGGCUGCAAAGUACAAUCAGACAAUGUGGCUGUGGGAUUUGUUUCUAUGGAUGAACCUGAGAGGGAUCCUACUUCUCAUCUUUGUUGGUCUACUCCCAAUAUGUUUUCUUCACAGAAAGGAUCCUCCACACUUUCCUCCAGGACCACCAGCUCUCCCUGUUUUAGGAAACAUCUUCAACAUUGAAUCGGAACAGCCUCACAUUUAUCUCACCAAGCUUGCUGAUGUUUAUGGGAAUGUGUUCUGCAUACGCCUGGGACGACACAAAACAGUGUUUGUGUCUGGGUGGAAAAUGGUGAAAGAAGCUAUAGUGACACAGGCUGACAACUUUGUGGACCGGCCAUACAGUCCCAUGGUGACCAGGAUUUAUUCAGGGAACUCAGCUGGGCUUUUCUUCAGCAAUGGGAAAGUGUGGAGGAGACAGCGACGUUUCGCCAUGGCCAUGUUGCGCACUUUCGGACUAGCCAGAAACUCCAUGGAGCAAAGCAUCUGCGAUGAGAGUCUACACCUGCAAGAGGCAAUGAUAAAGGAAGAAGGUGAGUCAUUUGACCCUGUCCCACUACUGAACAACGCGGUGGCCAACAUCAUCUGCCAAAUAGUGUUUGGGAGAAGGUUCCACUACAGCGACCACGACUUCCAGAGCAUGCUGAAGGAUCUGACGGAGAUGGCCUACCUGGAGGGUUCCAUAUGGGCUUUACUGUAUGAUGCCUUCCCUGCAUUGAUGAGACACCUGCCUGGACCUCACAAUGGCAUCUUCAGCAGUGCCAAGUCUUUAGAGGCUUCCAUCAGGAAGGAGAUUGAGAGACACAAGUCAGAUCUGGACCCCAGCCACCCGCGAGACUACAUUGACAAUUUCCUCAUAGAAGAGAAGCACAACAAAAGCAGUGAGCUGGGAUUUGAGGAAGAAAACCUGGUUUUGUGCUGCCUGGAUCUGUUCCUGGCUGGAAGUGAGACCACCUCAAAGACUCUGCAGUGGGGGCUGAUCUACCUGAUCAACAACCAACACAUCCAGGAGAAAGUCCAGGCGGAGAUCGACCAGGUGAUUGGACAGACCCGGCAGCCCACUAUGGCGGACAGACCCAACCUGCCCUACAGUGAUGCUGUCAUUCACGAGAUCCAGAGGAUGGGAAACAUCGUUCCUUUAAAUGGACUCAGGAUGGCAGCGAAGGACACAAACCUGGGGGGUUACAUCAUACCAAAGGGGACGUCUGUGAUGCCGAACCUGACCUCUGUGCUUUUUGAUAAAAGUGAGUGGGAAACCCCUCACACCUUUAAUCCUGAACACUUCCUCGAUGCUGAGGGCAAAUUUGUCAGGAGGGAAGCGUUUCUACCUUUCUCUGCAGGGAAGCGAGCGUGUCUCGGUGAGGGCCUGGCGAGGAUGGAGCUCUUCUUGUUCUUUGUAACUUUGUUUCAGAGAUUCCGUUUCUCUACUGUGGAUGGAGUUGAGCUGAGAACUGAAGGAAUAACUGGAGCAACACGCACGCCGCACCCAUUCAAGAUUCAUGCUAAGAGCCGCUGA